UGCUCCUGGGCUCCGCGGAUCUGGUGUUUGUUUCUGUUUCUCUCACGAGCCUGACGCAGAAGAACGCACCGCGAGCGGAGGAUGACGCGCGCGUCUCUGAGCAGAUUGUGUGCGUUUUGGUGUUGUGCGUCUGCCGUCCUGUCCCUAACAACAGCUGAGGAAGCAGAGAAGCCGGCGGCCGGACGCAAGUCUCGUCAGACAGAAGAGGAGCCUCCUGAAGGAGUUUGGGGUCCAUGGAGCGAGUGGGUGGAGUGUUCUCAGAGCUGCGGAGUGGGCGUGUCUGAGAGGCGGAGACAUUGUAUGCCGCCUCCCCAAACUCCGCCCUUCACGUGGAACCGACCGGUUUACCUUCCACCGGGUGUCCCGAACAACACCCCCGUGAUCUCUGCGGUCAGACCGUACUACAACUCCUUGUAUCCCGUCAACGAACCCCCUCCUUACGGAGCAGAAGGCGCAGAGAGGCCUCCUUAUUUUUCCCCGCCUCUCCCAGCCAAUCCCAAUCCUGGAUUACCUCUCUGCGAAACGAAGCGGUGGCGCCGGGCCAGUGCAGUUCGGCCCGCCCAAUCAGGAGCGGUUUCAGUGUACCGCGCACCUUCCUCAUCCGCUUCACUUCCCUUUGGAAGAGGUCCUGCACGGUCGCCCAAUCACGACAGAGCGGUAAACACUGGAAGCAGGAGAUCAGUUUCCUCCAAUAGAGAUCCAGCAUCUAUAAGAAGGUCUAGUUCUUCAAUUCGUCCGGGACAGUUUGGGUAUGGCAUGCCGUUCUCUCUUCCCUUACACAGACAAAACCGCCACCUUCGACACACACGGCGCCACAACACCACCGCCGCCACAGACGGCCUCGACGCUCUCAGCGUGAACUCCAGCUCUCCUGUGGAUGAAACACCAGGAGAAGAAGAACAAAUGACCACAGACACUGUUAACAGAGAACCAAAGGAGAAGGAAAAGGAGACGGAGGCACGCAUCCCACAUUCACGGCCCCUGACCCAGAGACACGGGGCCCGGGACAGACGCCUCGACGGACGAGCUUCUCGCCAAGUCCCACACUCCUACGCACACACCAUCCAGAGAUCGCACACCCCAGAGAGCCUCCUCCCCGGCCUCCAGACGCCCGCCAACCCCAACCCCGAGCCCUGGGUCCUGCAGCCCUCCAGAAACCAAGCAGAGAGGGACUGGAGGCAUCCAGCGGCCGCACACAACUACAGAUGCUCUGGACAGGACAGAGAGUACAUGAGGUGCAGCCUACAGGCAUGUCCAGGUGCUCCGGUGAACUCCAGAGCUGAGCAGUGUGCAGCGUUCAACAAUCAAGAGUUUAUGGGACGCGUGUAUGACUGGGAGCCUUUCACAGAAGUGGGUCCGGAGCAGCAGUGUGAGCUGACCUGUCGGCCGGUCGGGUACCGCUUCUACGUGCGGCAGGCGGAGAGGGUACGAGACGGAACGCCCUGCGCCAAUAACACACCCCACGACGUGUGUGUGGGAGGACGCUGUCUGAGCGAGGGCUGUGACGGUGUGCUGGGAUCAGGGUUGGUUCGGGAUCGCUGUGGCGUGUGCGGUGGUGGAGAUGGUACCUGCGAGAGGGUCACAGGAACCUUCCUGAACACCAGCGUCCCUCUGGGCUACCACAAAAUCCUGGACAUCCCGCCUGGAGCCACGGCCAUCAACGUCACCGAGAGACGAGCCAGUCCCAACUAUCUGGCCCUGCGCAGUGGAACCGGUCAGUCUGUGGUGAACGGACGCUGGGCGGUCGAUCCUCCGGGAGAGUAUCAGGCGGGAGGAACCACCUUCCUGUACAGCCGACCCAAAGCUGGGCCUCGAGAGCAGGGAGAAGAAAGAGGAGAGACCCUCACCGCUCCUGGACCCACGACAGCCCAGCUGCAGCUAUACAUUAUUUUCCACAGGCAGAAUCCAGGCAUAGACUAUGAAUAUUACAUCCCAGUGGAGAAACGGCGGGACGGAGAGAGAGAAGUACACAGAGAGAGAGAGAGAGGACGCUCGGCACUCAGAGAAAUCAGUGGCGUCUCCGUGGCGGUGGAGAACCCUGUCGCUCCUCCUCCUGUGUCGUCUUCCGCCUCCUCACCUCCGUUUUCGUUCCCUUCCUCCUCAUCGUCUUCCUCUGCAUCUGAUCGAUGGCCACAAGAGAGGCCCCGCCCACAAGGCCUAGGACCCAAUCGUAACGCUCGAAUCCCUCCGAGAACGGACCUCCCAUUGGACAAUCAGCCCGUGUUCGUGUGGCGACGAGGAGCUCUGACAGAAUGCACCGCUAGCUGUGGAAAAGGCACUCAGUACAGAGAGAUCGUGUGUGUGAAUCGACACACAGAACAGGAAGUCCAUGAAAGGAGAUGUGACUCUGCAACCAGACCUGCGCCGGAGGAGGAACCCUGUAACAUCCAGCCCUGUCCACCCUUCUGGGACGUGGGCUCGUGGUCCGAGUGCAGUGUGUCUUGCGGCUGGGGAGCGCAGCAGCGUCACAUCCAGUGCAGACUGAGUUUUGGGAAUCGUUCGACCAUGGUUCACCCCCAGCACUGCUCCAGUCUCAGCCGUCCCAACGCCACCCAGCCCUGCCACCCUCGCAUCUGCUCACACUGGGAGAUCAGCACCAACUGGAGCAUGUGUUCAGUGGAUUGUGGAUUGGGAAAGAGAACCCGGAGCGUACGCUGUGUCAGUGACCGUGGCAACACUGUGAGUGACAGGGAGUGCAGUGACAGGCUCCGCCCACAGCGCUCCGAGGACUGUCACAUGGGUCCCUGCGUCACUAACUGGUACUUCACCGACUGGACGAACACUUGCUCUGCGGCGUGUGGACCGGGCGUCCAGCGGAGGGAGGUGGUGUGUUUGACCGGCGGAGGCAGGAGAGAAGGAGACGAGGGAGGGGAGUGUGUCGCCGAGAAACCGGCUGACAUGAAGGCCUGUAACGGGGGUCCCUGUACAGCCGUCCACCUCUGGUACACCGGACCCUGGGGACAGUGUAACGCGGCGUGCGGAAACGGCACCCAGCGCAGGGACGUCAUCUGCGUGAAGAAGACAGGAAGUGAGUUCGUCGUGAGCGGCGCCAGCGAGUGCUCCCACCUGGAGAAACCGUCUCCGGUGCAGCCGUGUGAACUCCAGCCCUGCGCGCCGCAGUGGUUCAGCACCGAGUGGAGCGCGUGCUCUCGGUCCUGCGGUGAAGGGGUGCAGACGCGGGAGGUGCGGUGUCUCACGGCAGACAAGCAGCACGGCGCCGCCUGUGACGGGGACUCCAGACCGGCCCAGGAGCGCUCCUGCAACACCAUCCCCUGCAGUCCCUUCGAAGAUGAGAACUGUAAGGACAGACGACACAACUGUGUGAUGGUGGUCCAGGCUCGACUCUGUGUCUACUCCUACUACAAGACCGCCUGCUGCGCGUCCUGCACCCAGAGCGCUCAGCGGGCCAAAAGACAUUAACCCUCGAGACGCCAGGUUCGGAGAUCCAACCGCCGGAGCCCAAACUCAGCCAAUCACACUUCUAGCAGAGGAAGCCAAGCAGCCAAUCGGAGGCCGUUCAGGUUCGAAAGGAGAGAAUUCCAGCUUGAACCGAGCUGAGAUCCCUUUAAAGAGAAAGUUUUAAAACGUUCGUAGGCUCAAAUGACCGACGGUAGCUCUUUCCCCGUUCGUGACGAGUGUUUAGUACACUAUACUGUCAAAUACUAAACCAUUCCUUGAGACAUCUUUAAACAAAUGCGCUGCGGCCGCAGGUCCACGUUCUGGACGCGUGUGUGAAGAUAUUGCUAAAUGGGAACACUUCUAGAAGUUGCCUUUGUGCUUUUGCCACGCAUUAAGUGUUUCGUCAUGGUUUACUUUAAACCAAAAGAAUCGAAUAAUCUUCAGUUAGUUUGUUUUACACACCUAAUGCGCAUCGUUCAAUCCUAAUUAUGUUGAAUUAGCGCAAAAAAAAAAACUAGCAUUGUUGUCAGCGAGUAAAAAACAAAAGAUUUUCCAAUUCAAAUCAUGAAGAUGCAUCGUAAUUGCAUACUUCGAUGCGAGCAGCUAUACAUUUUUAUGCAAACAUUGAUUUUCUUCUUACAAACAGUGCCUUUUGGCCUCGUCUCAGUCCUCUAAACGGUCCUUAAGAUAUCAGUGCUUCGCAAGGACCUACAUAUUCCAGCAUAAGUGCUCGUGACUGUCUAAAAAUAGCACACUGACAGUCAGAAAUCUAGAAAUCUACUAUGAGUCUAGUUCAUCAUUAAGAUGAGCAUCAAGAUCAGCUCUCUUUAUUUAAUGAUUCAGUCUUUAUUUCCUUAGGUCGGAUUCGUCUCAAUGUAAAUCAGUCUUUUUUUUGUUUCUUGUUUUUGUCAUUUUUGCGUGAUAUGUUUUUUGUUUGUGUUUUUGCUCUUUAUUGUUAUUUCUGGCUGUUUUUAUUGGUUCCCACGUUGUAAAUGAAAGCAAUAGCUCACCUAAAAAUUAAAUGUGCUCACCCUCAGGCCGUCCGAGAUGAGGAUGAGUUCAUUUCUUCAUCAGAUUUGUAGAAAUGCGUCUCCGCGGUGGAUGGGUGCCGUCAGAAUGAGAGUCCAAAAAGAUCCACGAUACUACACAGCAUUCACUGGAGUGUUGUGGAUCGUUGUCCUGUUUUCAUCAGCUGUUUGGACUCUCAUUCUGACGGCACCCAUUCACUCCAGAGUAUUCAUUGACACUAUUGUACUUCUAAAUUUCUCCAGAAAACCCCAUCUCUCUCGGACGGCCAGAGGUUGAAGACAUUUUCAGAUCAUUUUCAUGUUUGGGUAUUUAGAUAUUAUUGUAAACCACAGAGCAGUUUUGUUGUGCAUUUUGUGUUGUGUAAUAUAAGGCCGAAAGGGUUGCUGUGGAUAUGCUGUAUGCACAGGUGGGAUGCAUUCAGGGCAGCAUUAUGUGUGUGUCGGUGUUAAAUAAAGCAGUGUAGUGAUUUCAGCCAAAGUCAGGUACAGUGCAAGACCGUUGCCCUGGAUCAAACCGAGGUUAAAAUACUCUCUGGUGUUAGAACAUGUGAGCUUUCUGUUACUAGUCCACAGCUAUAACCACUAGGCGAUCACAAUCUCUUAUGCAAUGAGCAAUAUGUGACCAAUUGAGUAUAUAAAUGAGUAAUAACAAAGAUGGGAUGGAUCUUUUGUCACAGUAACUUGACUCCAGGCAAAAAAAAAUACUGCGUUUUAGUAUAUACAGUCAGAUUUUGUGUGUGUGUGUGUGUGUGUGUGUGUGUGUGUGUGCGUGUGUGUGCGUGUGUGUGUGCGUGCGUGUG